UACUACAGUUGAUCAAUGACGUCACCAAUCGGCGCGCUUACACCGGAAGGCUACACGCUCUCUCUGAAGCCUGCAAGUCAACGCUCAGGGGCCAACCGUGCCCAUUCCCCCGCCUGCGUACAGACAAACAUGGCGGAGAGCGAGUUGAACGUUGACAGCCUCAUCUCCCGACUGCUGGAAGUGCGAGGAUGCCGUCCAGGGAAGACGGUUCAGAUGACGGAGGCCGAGGUGCGGGGGCUCUGCAUCAAGUCCAGAGAGAUCUUCCUCAGUCAGCCCAUCCUGCUGGAGCUGGAAGCUCCGCUCAAAAUCUGUGGUGAUAUCCACGGACAGUACACAGACCUGCUGAGGCUAUUUGAGUACGGAGGUUUCCCCCCGGAGGCCAACUAUCUGUUCCUGGGGGACUACGUGGACAGAGGGAAACAGUCGCUGGAGACCAUCUGCCUGCUGCUGGCCUACAAGAUCAAAUACCCCGAGAAUUUCUUCCUGCUCAGGGGGAACCACGAGUGUGCAUCCAUCAAUCGCAUCUACGGCUUCUACGAUGAGUGCAAGCGCAGGUUCAACAUAAAGCUCUGGAAGACCUUCACAGACUGUUUCAACUGCCUGCCAAUCGCUGCCAUUAUUGAUGAGAAGAUCUUCUGCUGCCAUGGAGGGCUCUCGCCUGAUCUACAGUCCAUGGAACAAAUCCGACGCAUCAUGAGACCGACCGAUGUCCCAGACACAGGUUUGUUGUGCGACCUUCUGUGGUCGGACCCGGACAAAGACGUCCAGGGGUGGGGGGAGAACGACCGGGGAGUUUCCUUCACCUUCGGGGCUGACGUGGUCAGCAAGUUCCUCAACCGCCACGACCUGGAUCUCAUCUGCCGAGCACAUCAGGUUGUUGAAGAUGGCUACGAGUUCUUUGCCAAGCGACAGCUGGUGACACUGUUUUCUGCCCCCAACUACUGCGGGGAGUUUGACAACGCUGGCGGCAUGAUGAGCGUGGACGAGUCCCUCAUGUGCUCUUUUCAGAUUCUGAAGCCGUCUGAAAAAAAAGCUAAGUACCAGUACGGCGGGGUGAAUGCGGGACGCCCCGUCACCCCCCCUCGCACCGCUCAGGCACCGAAGAAGAGGUGAGCAUCUGGGCCCCCGACUCUCCUGCUCCUCCCCCGGCUGGUCUCUGGCCCCAUGUUUCUGCAGGAUGCCUCAAACACUCCCGCCUUCUCUCAGUAAGCUUUGUUCAUGCGUAAACCGAAACUCCAGGAGUGUUUUUUUUGCUUUGCUUGUUCUGUGGGUAUUUUUAUGAACACGAGUGGUUUGUUUCCCCCCCGGUCCAUUUUUCUUGACACCAUGGUACAGUGUAUCUGUAUUAACUAAUUUCUACUCCUCAGUCCAUUCAGCAAUAUAAAAAAAAAAACCUUGUGGAAAAGGAACGAUGUAAAGAAAAGAUGCUUCUCUGCCUUUAAGAUUAACAGCUUCCAUUGUGAUUUUUGUGAAUGCAUGCACACUCGUGAGGCUGAGAUUUGCUCUUUGCCCUUGUCAAUGUAAAACGCUCCUAAAACAACAGAAGAAAAAAAUCUCCCAGAACAACAGAACCGAAUAUUUACUGUUCAGCCUCGAGUUGCCUAAUGUGCAUGUAAUGUACUUAAUUACUGCCAUUGUCCCCAUUUUAAAAUUUGGCUAAAAGCAGUAAGGGAAUAGUUUGACAUUUUGGGAAAUACGGUUAAUUGCUUUCUGUGACUGAAGAAUGUUUUUUCCUCCACGUGGAGACGUCAGUGGAAUACUGAGGUUUUGAUGAUAAAAGUGCAAUAAAAAAAACAUUUGUGAGUCCAUUUGAACUGAAAACAACUGCCACAGCUCAUGUACCUUUCAAAAGGGCAUUCACAAACAAUAGAUCAUCUGCAAGUGUUUCCAGCCUCAGCUCUGAACAUUUUUUUUACCCAUCGUAUUAAUAAAGCAUUGUCCAUUGUUGGUAGGAAAUAAAGAUUAAAGGCAAUGCAAUAGCAUAAAGGGUUCUUAAAAGCUGGGUUUUGUUCUGAUGCGAAUUCAGUGUAUGUGGAAAUGUGGUAAACCAAACACCAGUGAGCACUAAGGGCGCUUUCACACCCACUUACCUUUUACGUUUGGUCCAAACCAAAAUUGCAGGUGUGAAAGGUUCCUCGGACCCCGGUCAGGACCAAUGAACCCAAAUUUUGGUCUGACCAAAAAAAGAGGUGGUCCAACUGAUUCACGGUUCUGAAAAACAAUUUUUGCGAAAUUGGUUCGGACUUUCGGACCAAUUACAGGAACUUGAGGCAGCUACUUCCUGUAAUUGGUCUUCCAGUGUGAAAACGCCCUUAAGAGUUAAGUACAGCAGGUGAGUAGAAACGUAGAGAUGGAUGCGGCAAUGAAAAAUGAAGAGCCGACUUAUCAGUACAACAAUAUCACAGCAGUGGACGUAAACCUCUCUCACUGUUGCUCUUCGGUCAUCGCACAACAUAUCGUAAAGAGGCCAAAAACAUCCAAGUCAAGACGACGUCGCUUGUUACAGUACCCCGCUCCCACUUAGUGGUUAUUGAAUGAAGUAUAUUGAAUCAUUUCCAACUCACUAAAUGUAUUUUUAUUUAUUUCAAAUCUUGCCUUUUGCCUUUGGCAAUCGAUUGGUCUUUCAAGUUGGAAACGGUUGUGUUGAGAUGUUCUGAGAUUUGUAUGACUUCGUUUGAAACGAGUGAAAUAAAUGGAAGUGCUGUCGA